GGUUUCUCUCCACCCAAUGUGCCGCGAGGGGAACCUUGCUUUCCCGGCCUUCUCCUUGCAAGCUCACAGCUUCACUCUCGUCGCUCGAGGUCCGCUCCCUGUUGUCCAUAGGUAGAGGUAGAGGUAGAGCUAAGGGUCAGCACAGCGCACACACACACUCACACUCACACACUUUCUCUCUCACAGCACGGAAGCUGUGUCCGCAAUGGCUGAGGCAAUAGCAAUGGCGUGUUCCGAGCCCGCCCUUUCCGUUGCUGAUUCGUCCCGUCCCCCGUGGAACCAGAAGCGUUCCCUCCCACCCCCAGUGUCUCCUGCCUCCCAACCCCAUGUUUCUUCCGUGCGAUGACUUGCUGUGUGGUUGCAGCAAGGCCCAGCCGGUGAGGAGCAGGAGCUCUGCCGAGUCCCAUGCUCCGACGCCAACCUCACCUCUUCUCUUCUUCCCUCUCUUCCUUUCGUCUUUCCUCCUGCCACAAACUUCACCCACUAUUCUUCAGCUAUCUCAUCUCCAAUCGGCAUCACCACAGCCAUUUCCAUCAUCUACUACUCACAUCGAUUCUCGAAUUCGGCCAUUGAGCCCUUUCACACCACCGACUGCUACAUCUCUGAUCGCGCACUGUGCGCCCACCGGAUACCCGUUACGUCAUCGCAAUGGACCCCAAUCCCGUUCCUGGAGCUGUCCCAGCCGCAGCUGGCAUCGACAAAGCUCCCGAGACUGUCGCAACCACCACCGCCACCACCGCCGCGGAUGAGAAGCCCACAGAGACUGUAGCUUCGGAGACGAAGCCAGUCGAAGAGAAGAAGGACGAGGUCGCACCAGUCGGAGAGAUAUCAGCUGCUGAGCCUGCCGAGCCCGCCAAACUUGCGGACCCUCCUGCUUUGGCCCCACCGGCCGAUGCGCCAACUGCACCAGCUGCGGCUGAAGCUAACGCCGAUGCGCCCAAGCCGGCUUCCGUCGAGGAAAUCCCCGACAAAGACGGCCCCGUUGCGACGACGGGAACCGAGGAGGCCAAGGUCAUCCCCGCUGAACAGCCUGCGGAGAAGACGGCUGCAACCUCUGUACCCAUCGCCGAGCCCGUCAAGGAAUCCGUCGAAGAGCCUAUCCCGCAACAGAUACUCAAGGCACCCGCGGUUGAGGAAGAGGCAGUCAAGGAACCAAUCAUCGAGAAGCCCGAAGCCGCCAAUGGCGCUGCCACCAAGGAUGUCGAGAUGACCGGUGCCCUUAACGACGCCGAGCCCACCGGCACUGGAGAGCGCGAGGCCGCGCCGCAGGCCAAGACGAGCAACAAGCGCAAAGCGGACGAGCUAACCGAGACCAACGGCACCAAUGGCACCAACGGCACUAAUGGUGUCGAAGCUGUCGAGGCUGCUCCGGAGGAAAAGCCCGCAGAGAAGAAGGCCAAGAGAGGCCCUGGACGACCCCCUUCAAAUGGUGCUGCGAAGCCAGUCAAGGAGAGUCCCAAGAAGGAGAAGGAAUCUUUCGGCCACAAGGUCGCCAGUAAGGUUAAAAAGGUUCUGCACUCUCCCGGUCGAACUGAGCGCAAGACUCGCUCUCAAGGACCCGUCUAAAGCAGGCCACGCAGUGAGUCGAAUGCUUCUGAGGCACGUACCCGUAUCGCCUCGGAUUUCCUUGAAUGUCAAAGAGUCCUACAGACUACUCUAGCAACAACGAGACCAUAAUGGUCGAAGCUUGGGUUUGGACCAGCCGGGCGGGCGUCUCUCUUUUCACCCCGCGGAUUUAUGAUGGGUAGGCAAAAAGGGGGCGCGGGUUUUUGUUUCUGCUUCUUUCUUUUUGUCAUUGUAGCUCAGGUCGUAGUCGUAUCGACACUGAGUGGGAGGAAAUUAGGAUACUGUAUAUACUAGGACGCUUGCACAUGCAGCUUACCAGUCUCGUCGUAGUUUUUUUAUGCAACUUAUGAUGGGAGAGCAAGGUUGAGGGAUGAUUCGACUCAGAAACACGGGCAGUCGAGAAUCGUGAGGCAAUCAUGGCAUUUGACAAGAACUUUUGUUUACUUGCUUUCGUGUCCUCGCUUUGAUGGUCGUCAAGAAUGCCAAGUGACAAUCAACAGGUCAACAGCAGACAUGUGAAAUCAAGUGACGAGGGUGCAGUGUCGAGUCGGACGUCUUACUAUUUCAAUAGUGAGCGAGCCCAUCGAACCCCUACUUGUCGAGUAGAACGUGCCUUGAGGCUCAGAGGCGAAGGCAAGAAGUUAUCUCAUGGCUGGGUAGGACCUUUGAAUCAAGAUAUUAUGGGCUCUGAUAACUCGAUGAUUUGACUUGGCACUUAAAUGUCGAUGGUUCAAGGUGACGGGGCCUUGAAUGAUGUAUCAACCCUCUCUGAACGCCGCUGUGAGUUCAGCUGAUAUGAUUGUCGCCACGUCCUCGACGCGUAUCUCCAGCUUAGAGGGAAGUCGUGAUAUCUACAAAAAGUACCUCACGCACUCACGCAUAGGCACAUUAGGGUAGGUAUUGUACAUCUCGAUCGCCUGCACAUCGGACUGCCAGCAGCAGUGCUCCGAGUCGGAAGAAAUUUGUGGAAUCUGCGCCAAAGUCUUUGGAUGCUCAAACGCUGUCCAGAUUCACAGAUACGGAAUAGCUUCUGAUCAUGUUUUUGAGGGAUCAAUGGAGCAAAGAGGCGGGAUGACGUCUACAGGAUACGCGGGGGUUUCGACUUGGGGCGAGGAAAAGGGCUCCUUUCGAAGCGGUCCAGACCGUGACGGAAGCAGUGGAUUUCUCCACACACCGCGUCACCCCGAAAGUCAAGGGUUUGUCGAUCAAUUCGUCGUCGACUUACGUGGGUGCGGGUUUAGGGGGGCGUAACAGAGGAGGAGAAGCUGCAAGCACAUGCGCUGUUGUUGUAUGUUACCUCUGGGUUGGGACGACGUUCUAUCCGCGUCCUUCAGCCCUUUUGAGGGUUCACAUAUUUCAGGAACGGGCUGUGCCGGAAUGAAGGAUGUUUGAGAAGCUUUCGGGAGAUGGCGAGAUGGAUGAAUGGGGAAUGAGAGCUGGGC